GUACUCUAGUCUACUUGGCAGAAGAGAUGGCGAGCAUAUAAACUACAGGCUAAACUACUCAUACUCAAAUGUUCUGGUUGAUGACCUGAUUCAUGGUGGCACAUUGUCAUCAAUAAGAACAUUCUACGAGGAAAUCAUUCCUUUUUUUCAGAAGAUAGUGUUCAACUACAGAUAAAAGGCUGAUUUUAACACGAACAUAUGCAUUUAACGAAAAGCGAAAUCAAUGGUACGUAUCAUCUGGAUAUGCUGCAAGUAAUUCAAAGUCACUGCAAGUCAGGAUUUCCGGUAAAACUUGUACAAACAAUGCCACUUUGAGGCAAAAAGUACCUUAUGGAACAUGUGAAUAUGGAAAAGUAAUCUGUUAAGGUCGUUGCGGGGUUUUUUUACAGCGAACAAAUAAUUGACCUAAACAUAUGUGGACCGGGUAUGAGGAUAGUUGUAGGCAGGUGCCAGUUUUGCACAUGCGCACAUGUGGUUUUCAGGCUGAAACGAUUUCAAGGAGUUGCAGUAAUUCUGUUCAUGAGUGAGUGAGUGAGUUAUUACAUCCAAAUGCUCGUGAGUACAGAAACACGGCAUACAUACACACUGUAGCGUGUGCGUUAACCCAAAGCGGGGAUGCUUAUAAAAUCCUCGGCUUUUGAUGUUUGGAUGCAAAAAACCACUUCAGCGAGAUUAAACCCGGACCAGAUCGAUUAAGAGCUGUCAUCGCUGGCUUCUAAAGUUGAUGUAAAGGCCGGUUAGGAAAGAGAACAAGCGAAUCAUGUACAUCAAGGAACGGAAAGUGGCUGAGGGGGAUUCUAGAGACCUUGGACGGCGUAUUUAUUUAUUUUCCGCUGCUGUAAAAAUGUGCUUGGCUAAAGACAAUAGCAAAAAAUAGCAGAGAAAUCACAGAGGACGUGGUAUGUGUUAAGGCAUAACUUAUGAUAGAAUAUCAAUACAACUUUCGAGGGAAGCAAAUAUGUUGAUGUUGAACAUCUUAGAAAGCCUGCAGCUAAGUAAGAUUUCAAAAGAUAUGGACUUCUUUCUUAAUUCUUCUUGUUUUAGCAUAUCAGUCGGAGAGUACAGAUAACGCCACAUCACAUCACUGAGAUUAUGGUCUGUGAUAGAAGCUUAGAAGUCACUCAGACACUUGAUUAGGUGCAAUGUGAAGUAGGCCUAUUUUAAGGAUUGACCAAUAGAGGAAGAUAUGUUUAGAUUUAAUUAAGAAGCUUUUGAAAACUUAUCAAUACACUACGUUAGACAUAGGAGCGCAAGCAACCAGGGACACCAAACCAAUGGUGCAGUUCCAAGUUUACUGAGGCGGGAGAAAGGUUCCACGAGUCGUGAAAGACAGGAUUUUCAUGAAGGACAUUCUAACUUCUCCCAUUUUGCCCGACCGAUACGACAAUGUUUUAAACAGGCCAAAAUUUACGACAUAAUACAUAUUGGGUUUACGGGACCGAUCCAUCUGUUGAAGAUAAAAAAAUUAGCAAAUUUCCAUCUGUUAUUAAACUGCCUUGAUGCGACACCAUUGCACAGUAGAUGAAAGUAGGCACGCGUCUUUCUAAGUGUGGAGAGGCGUGCGGUAGCCAGCAAGGUGAGCAAGCAGUUUAGAUCAGUUUACUGUCGUGGGAACAAUCUUUGUAAACUGUAGAUGGUAAAUCGGUAAUUCUGGUUGCUGCGCAGCGUUUUAACCCAGUCCGAAUUUCCAAGCAGUCCCCGAGCAGCAUUUCCGUGCCUCGUAAAGGUCGUCUCGCCAUGCAGAGGAUAAUGAAGUGCGCGUAGCCGGGUGAACGCGAAGCGCGUAGCUAACCAACCAUAGUUAAACACCAACGAUCCAAUUUAGCUGGAAAAGUCGAAAAAGAAGUAGGAAAAAGAGAGCAACUAUCGAUAGGCACGUGCAAUCAGAAUUGCUUUAUUGCGCGUCUCUCUGAAGUUUGGUUUCUUUUACGGAGAUAUAACUGUGCUUCAUAAAAGACCAAAGGCUUAACUGUCUUAUUAAUAAAUCAUGGUUAAGAUCGUUGCAUGGUGAAUACGUUGGAUGAAUUAAAGCAAUUGGAACCUUCAAAGGAUUACACGGCUUGAGAAAAAAAUCCAGAUAAACAAAUAAAGAAAAGCUGGAUAUAUGCUGAAAUGAAAAUGAAAUUUUCAAGGAUAACAAACAUGGUUUUGCUCUGGCUAUGUUGCUUAUGGAUUUCGUUAAAUUCCCGAUAUAACGUAAACACUGAAGCGGCCACUGCAACGGCAGAAACGCCGUACGUCAUCCAAGAAGAACACGCACGGGCUCGUUCCAUCAACUCAUGCACGGCAACUAAGAACUGGACAUGGUUCGACAAAGAUUUGGCUGUCAGUAUUGACGGCGAGAUCACCCUGGGAGGACUGUUCACGGUACACGAGCGGAGUGAGGAGUGUAUCUGUGGACGCGUCCUCCCUGAUGGCGGCGUGCAAGCCUUGGAGAUGAUGUUGUAUACUUUGAAAAUGAUUAACAUGGACAAAAACUUCAUGCCUGGGUUUACAAUCGGGGCUCUGAUACGUGACGAUUGUGGAAAUGACACGUUGGGGUUGGAGCAGUCCGUAGAAUUCAUUAAAGGGUCCAUAUCCAACAUUGGUUCGGGUGGCUCGCUAUAUAAAUGCAAGGAUAACCCGGAUGCUACUGCGGACUACACCACCAUCAUAGGAGUGGUAGGAGCCGCCGAGAGCAGCAUCUCCCUUCAAGUGGCCAAUCUGUUGAAGCUGUUUUAUAUACCACAGAUCAGCUACUUCUCUACAAGCCCGGACCUCAGCAACAAGGAGAGAUACCCUUACUUCCUGCGCACAAUUCCUUCCGAUGCCUCACAGGCGGAAGUCAUGAUAGAAAUUAUUAAGAAGCUAAAUUGGAAAUACAUCAGCAUCAUAUACGACGCUACAAACUAUGGACUGAAGGGCUUUGUCCGCAUAGGAGAACUGAUCAACAAAGAGGACAGUCUUUGUACGGCGGUCACGUACCAGCUCUCCCAGACCGACCCAGCCACACAUGACGCCGCCAUCAAAGCGCUCGCCAAGCAGAAGAAUGCUAAAGGUGUCAUAGUGUUCGCCAAAUACCCUGACGUCAUCAAGCUGAUGCGUGCUGUGGAGGAGAACAACGUGACGGGCCACUUCAUGUGGAUAGGCAGUGACGGCUGGCAGGAGGCACAACUCGCCAAUAUCGGAGGUUUUCGAGAGGAGCUAGAAGGCGCCAUAACCGUGCAUCCUCUCGCACACACAGUGACAGGGUUCAGCUAUUACUUCAGGAAUCUAAAACCAGAUCACCAGAACACAAACCCUUGGUUCAACGAAUUCUGGGAACAGCAUUUUAAAUGCAAAUUGCCAUCUACCCAACUGUCGUAUUUUAAUAAAGACUAUAAAAAUUGCACAGGACAAGAGAAGAUCAGCAAGGACUUCAUAUUUGAGCCUCGUCUUCAGUUUGUCAGCGACGCGGUGAUGGCGUUUGCACAUGCACUUAAGAACAUGCACACUGAAGUCUGCGGCGGACGGCGGGGGAUAUGCGCUGAAAUGAAUCCCAUCUCAGGCGAAACUCUUCUUUACUAUUUGAAAAAUGUGCAGUUUACAAGUCUAGCAGGUGCAGAGGAAUUCCACUUUGAAAGUAAUGGCGACGGCGCCAAUAGAUAUAUUCUAAAGGCGUACAGACAGCGCUCUCCUGGAAACUUUUCCUGGGAAAACGUUGGUGAAUACGACAAGGGAAUACUCACGAUGGAACCGGACAAACUGAUAUUCAAAAUGAAUUCCACAGACAUCCCCAAGUCCGAAUGCAGCAAGCCGUGCAGUGAGUUCGAGGCCACGCGGUACAUAGCCCUGGACAAGUGCUGCUGGACCUGCCAACCCUGUACGGAACACCAGUAUCUGCCCACGCCACACAAGUGCCAGGACUGCCCCAACGGAACCGAGCCAAAUGUGUUCCGCAACGCGUGCACACCUCUUCCUGAAGUACACCUCAGUUUCAAGAACGGAGUAGCCAUUGGUGCGGUCACGUGCUCCGUGUGGGGGAUCCUGUUUACUUUGUUUGUGAUCUACGUGUUCGUGAGGCACCGGGAUACACCUAUCGUUAAGGCGUCAAGUCGAGAACUGAGCUUUGUUCUCUUGGCCGGGAUUUUGCUUUGUUAUCUUAUGACUUUUAUUAUCAUCGCCAAACCAUCAGGCGUCAUCUGCGGAUUGCAAAAAUUUGGUAUUGGCCUUUGUUUUUCAUUGUGUUACUCAGCACUUUUGACCAAAACCAACCGUAUAGCAAGAAUCUUCGCUGCUGGCAAGCGGACCACAAAAAGACCGAUGUUCAUCAGCCCAAGAUCGCAGCUUAUCAUAUGUGGAGCCAUAGUCUUCAUACAAAUAAUGAUCGACGCCUUAUGGUUAGCAGUUCGCCCACCAGAGGCACGAUACAUAUAUCCAACCAAAUCAGUGAACAUGUUAGUGUGUUUGGCGCACGUUGGAGACGAGUAUAUCAUCGCCUUUAUCUACCCUAUCAUACUGCUCAUUAUAUGCACAGUGUACGCAAUUUUGACUCGUAAAAUUCCUGAAGCGUUUAAUGAAUCCCGAUACAUUGGACUAACUGUGUACACCACUUGUAUCAUAUGGUUGGCCUUUGUUCCAAUAUUCUUCACCACGGCCACAGAUAUUCCACUGCGUAUGUGCAUUAUGGCAUUUGUCCUCGAUCUUAGCGCCACAGUGUCACUGAUGUGCCUGUUUUUCCCACGCUUAUACAUCAUUUUAUUAAAACCGGAAAGAAACGUUAAGCAGGCUAUCAAGAAGAAAAUCAACACGCUUGAAGUGAAAGAGAUGGGUUUUCACAAAGAAAAAAAUUCGUGGUCGCGGGAUUCCGGAAACCAUUCUGAAGGUAAGGGCUUGAUUGGAGGAUCGUCAGUCGAUCGUUUCCUGCAGGAGGCCAAUUGCGUUGAAAGUGAGGCCCAAUGCCGGGAGGGCGUGGCUCAACUAACACAAUCAACUGGGCUUCUUAUCCUUGGGAUAUCCGAUACAUGCCAAACAUUGGCUGGCCCAGAUCUGGACGUUCGCGUGCGUCUAACAAAAAGAAAGGAUUCUUUGAAUAGCGACAUAGAGAAUCCGACUGUGGGCACUCAAACCCCAGCCAACUUUGGAGCAGACAUUACAACUCAGACCGAAGGUGUGUGUGUCGUGAUGGCAAAUAAUGAAUAUGCAAAGAAAAGCUACGUGGAUGCGGCAGUUGCGACCGAUGUGAACACAAUCGCAAUGGAGGAGAAUUCUGACGAAUACGAUUCCGAUAACUCUGACUUUGCCAGCAUACAGUCUGAUAUACAGGAUAUAUCACUCUAAGUCACAGUUGUGUUCUUGUCUGUUGAAAUAAGACGUACCCAUAUCUCAAACUGCAGACAUAGUUAUUAACGUCUGUUAAUUAAAAAAGAUUAUUUUCUUUCCAAUUUAUUAUUCUGCAUAGCGAACAUUUCAGGGAUAUGUCAAUAUUAAUUGUACAUCUUGUUUGAGUUAGAUUAAAUUUUGUUACUUUUAUGGUAGGAGUAAGUGUUUAAUGUACCGUAAUAUGUGUUGAAAUAGAUUAAAAUUUUGUUUUAUUGUA